AAGGCAGUGCUUACCAUGGACUCAGCUAUCAGUGUCACACAACUACCAGAUGCACCACCACCAAUAAUGUGCAAUCAGCAAGUAAGUUCCUUAAUUAAUUAUAAAUUAUAUUUUUGAAAAAAUUAUAAUCAUCUAUCAUAAGCAGGAGUAAAAGAAUCUGGUAUAAGACAUGGCGGGAAGAAUGCAGUUAGACAUGUCUAACAUUACAUUGCAAUGGUGAUAGGCUGUUGUCUAUACGGUACGUAUAUUUACUUUUGUCUUAUACAACUCUAGCUGUUAUAUUUCACCUAUAGGCAUCCACUUCAAAUGUCACAGCUAUAUCCCCUUCAGAAAAUACAGAGAUUUCACCAAAGAGAUUCAAACCUGAUUUUGUAAGUUAACUGAUAACAAAUUUAUUUUUAACAAAAGUAAUGCAUCUGCCAUGUGAUUCCAUACAGUUCGUAUAGAACAAGUUCCUUUUAGAAUACGUAGUGCACCUUCAAUUCCAAUUUAAUUUCAUAAAUAACUAGUAAUUAAUAUUAUUGCAUAAUUUACAUGUAGAACAUAAGAUCAAUACUUGAAAAAUCCAUACCUGGAGAAAAUAUCCUGAAAGACUUGGGAAGUGGAAAUCUUUCAAGAAACAACAGACUAAAAAUGGUUCAAAUUCUGGUAGCUGAGCUCAUGACAAUGUUUGGAGACAGGUUUGGCUAUUAUGCAGUAUUCGGUGUACAUAAGUUUGGAUUUCUGGUGUUCCUGUUUACUCAUGGCAGAUUUUUGGCUCAUCACUGGAAGACCAUUGCAUCAUAAUAUACUUCUUGUUCUUUUUUUUAUAACAGACCAAAAUCGGAUAUAAAAAUUGCAAUGGCAAGGGCUGUCAUUGAGGAGUUUCCUUUUCUGAAAGAUGAAGAAGGCCAGGGAUUUGUAAGUGUAAUUGCUAGUAAGAUCAUGAUUAAAUGUCCUACAUACAUACAUGUAGAACUGUUGACUUUGUACAAAACCAUUGUAUUAGGAUUUUGGUGUGCAUAAUAAUCACCUAAUGUAUGCGUAAUAAUCACACCAUAUAGGAAGCAUGGUAUACUCCUGGCAAAGGUUUGCAUUCAGCCACAGGUUGGUUGGAAGAAAAACUAAGAAAUAUGAGACGAAGGAUAAAUCAAGAAAAAAAUAAAACAAAUAUAUCAAGUAGUAGUGCAACAGUAUCCAAAUCAAAGCUGGUACAAUUUACCUCUUUACCAGGUAACGGCCAUGUUAUGAAUAUAUUGUUGUAUAUAGACAAAAUAUCCAUUCUGACUUCAACUUCAUGUACUUAUAUAAUAGUAAACUCAAAUUAAAUUUCUGUCAUUAAAAUUUACAGAAAGCAGCAUAAGUGAAGAGGACUACGAGGGGAUGGUGGAGUGGCUCAAGCACCAUGUGGAGCCACUCACAAAAGUCAAAGAGUUUAUGAGCAAAACGUCGGUAAAAAGAGCGUCGUGGAUACGGGAACACUCUGAUUUAUCAGUGGAUGCUAUUCUGAAAGAACACCCAAGGCUAAUUGAUACACCGGGUAUGGUAAGUACUUCACUGGCCCUGUGUGAUAGCCUCCUAUCUAAAUUUCUUACCGUUACAAAAUUGGCAAAUAAGACAUCCACCUUCUAUAAUUUCCUGAACUCAUUAUGCAGACAACUUUGAUCGAUCACAGUGUAAAUGCUUUGAAUCUUCGUUGAAUAUGAGAAAUCGUUCAUGUGUUUGUCUGUAGUGCUUCCAUCUUGUAAAAAUAAGUACGCGCUGCUUACAUGUGGGUAGCCUGCAUUGUUGCCAAAGCUGGAGUAAUAACGAGGAACAGAAUUGCUGCAUGCAACUUGUAACAAAAUUAAAUGUCUCGUGAUUUGUAAUGUAUGUGUAAACAUUGCAAUUAACAUGCGCAUAAAUCAGUAUGCAUAAAUUUUGUUUCAAGUUGUAGCAAUUACUCCACCUUAAUUGCUAUUGUCAAUUCUGAAUUUACUGAAAGAAAGUUUAAGUAAAUUAGACACAGUUGAAAGAUUAUAAACACAUUUAAUCACAUACAAAACAUCGGAUGUGACAAAAAUAUAUAUAUAUAUAUAUAUAUAUAUAUAUAUAUAUAUAUAUAUAUAUAUAUAUAUAUAUAUAUAUAUAUAUAUAUAUAUAUAUAUAUAUAUAUAUAUAUACACGAAACAAAAUACACGAUAUAUCGACAAUAACUCUGAAAAGUGAAAACCCUGCGCCGUUGGUACUGCCAGACUGUCAGUAUGAAACCCCGCGAUUUUUGCAACCGUACGUUUGCCUUUUAAUGUGUUUUUCUAUUUUUUUAGAUUGAAUUAGACUUCGCCUUGGUUUUACCUGAAUCUGUAUCAGAUAACUUGUUCUUGAAGUGGACACCUUCCUUUGCCGAUAAAGUUAUUAAAUAUGCAGAAGACCAAGCCAAAUGGCAAGUUUACCUGGGUAUAAAUAUGGAACAAAUUAACUCCGGUAAGUAUAUUCUUAGCACAUGUCGUUAUCAUAGCUCACAUGUUUAAUUAUUAUGCAUAUAAGUUAGUUAUAUUAGGCUAAUGUAUUUAUAAGCUGUAUCAAAGUCAGACCGGAUGUUCUCUUUCAAACAACAUUGCAAUAUUGUCCCACAAUAUUGCAAUUUUGAUAGUCAGAUUGCUCUAGCAAUUUGCAACCGACGCAAACAAAUUGCAAGUUGAACUUCACAACAGAUUUGUAAACAAAUCCUCUGAUUGGACUAUACCAUAAGAAAGAGGGAAAGCCAAUCAAAUAGUUUGAGCAACUGGAUUGGUGCUUUCCUCUUUCUUAUAGUCUAAUCAGGGGCUUUGUUUGCAAAUAUUUUGUGGAUUUCAACUUGCCAUUUGUUCUCGUCAGCUGCAAAUUGCUAGAGCAAACUGACUAUCAAAAUUGCAAUAUUGUGGGACAAUAUUGCAAUGUUGAUUGAAAGAGAACAUCCGGUUUGACUGUAAGUUACUAACUAUAUACAGUAUAUACAAGAUGCUUGGUAUUGUGCUUUUACUGAACUGUAGGUCGUUAGCUACAUCGUUCUUUUUGCUUUUUGAGCCUCAAUGGUCAUGAAGAGAAUAAAAAUUAUAAUGCUGACGGAUUAUCUUGGGAGAGGGUUGGAUGUACACCACCUGGCCCUUACAAUUUUUGCAACCUUACAGCGGUAGUUGGCCAACCCAAAACAAAAAAGGUUUUGUGCCCUUCAAGCAGUUUUAAAUAAAUAUAUAAUAUUUUUUAAAUAAGUAUAAUGUGUAUUGGUUCCAUUUUUUAGAUGAAGCAAAGCAAAAUGUAGCAUUAUCAAUACUUCCAUGCAUUUUGCCUGCAGGAAGAAAAUGCAAGAAAAGAUGCAGCAUUGACGAUGCUCUUUCAUCAUUCAUUGAUGUUAAACCUGUAAGUAUUUGAAGUUUAUAGCAAAAUGAACCCAACAAUUUUUUCUAGUUAAAAAUUUGUUUCCUUGCAAUUUUUGGCAAAAUCUUGGAUCCCCCCACCCGGCCUCUCUUGUCUUACAUACAUGUGUCCCAUUUAAGUUAGAUGGUGAAUCUGAUUUAUUUUUCUAUUUAGAUAGGUACAAAUAUACCAAAGUAUUUGGAGGAUAAUCUUAAGCCACACAUACUUGUUCUUGGAGAGCGACUGCACCCCCACCAAGUAUUUCUUGUUUGUGAAGGGAAAUGCUUGGAAAGGUCCAAUCUAGUUGAAGCUGUAGACAGUUGUUUCAAGCUAUUUUAUGUCCUGGACAUGGAAUAUCCGUGGCAGAGUAAUGUUACAUGGGAGUUUUUCCAGAAGGUUGUAUACUGUUUGGAAGACAAGACUCCAAGAAAAACAACCUCAGCUGUGAUAUCGAUGCGUGCUACCCUGAACUCAUAUGCAUAGUGGACCUUUAGAAGUCUGCAUGUACUUGAUCAACUUUGUUAAGUAUGUUAUAUAAUAUGAUAACACUAUAUAGUUUUGUAACUUUCAAAAGGUUUAAAGAUGUUUGCAGCUAAGGUGAAACUAUAUAAUUUAAUCCUAUGUUAUUUCUAUGACAAAAGCCUGGUUCACAUAUGCCUGCGGCAUGCCUGCGACUGUAUCAUUAUGCCUCUACUUGCCGCCGAAAUACCGGCAAAGUUGAACUCAACUCAACUUUUCCGGCCUACCGCCGAUGUAACUGAGGCACUGGAGGCAAUCGGCGAACAAAUGUUCACAUAAUUUACGUUUUAAAGCUACCAUCGGCAUCGUCGCCGGUACGUCGCAGGCACGUCGCAGGCAUAUAUGUGAACCAGGCUUAAGCAGUCAAUUGCAUGCAUGGAUAUAUGAUAAAUACAUUUCUAGAACACCUCAAGUUUAUUAAAUGAACAUUAUUUGUUUG